AAAGCCGGUCACAGGUGACGGUUUCUGAGUCGACCAUGACCAGUGUGAAAGUGAGCUGGGGGCCUUUGCAGCCUGAGUCUAUAAAGACUUAUCAGGUGGAGUACUCCACCCUUCCAACAGGGAAACUCCAUGUGCUCACGGUUAAUAACAGGCAGGACUUGACAGUACUGACAAACCUGCAGCCUGGGACACAGUACCUGGUCACUGUGAGCGCCAGCUACUUCUCUGGCGAAGAAAAAGCCAUGUCCAUCAAAGAAGGAUUGCGUGGUUACUGGCUGACAUGGGAAGGCGAGUCUGUACAAUCCUCUAGACAGCGUUUCUUGUAUCUGCCACCCCACCUCCUUUCUACAACACUCACCCACGUACCCCACAAUGCCCGCGUCUGUGUCUCCCUUGUUUACAAGUCAGCUCGGGGAGAAGGCCUUCGGCUCACGAUGGAUGUGUAUUUUGCUUUGCACAUUUUAAAGUAUGGGAUACGUCACAGAAGUGAUCUACUAUCUCCAUGUGGAUUAUCAGAUAUAUCGAUGCUUUUACAUACAGUACAUCCUAUAAUUUCAAGCUAUUUGAUGAGUUGGUGUGAUGUCCGUUUAUUGAAAAGUUUGCUUUAAAAAGUUUAAUAUACAUGUAAAUAAGAUGACUCAGAAUUUAGCACUUUUAGUUAAAGCCUACUGUUUGCCAAACUACUCAUGCUUGAAUGCUGUCAAAAUAUAUUAAGCAGUAGAUGAUUCAGCAUAUCACAGGUGUAUUAAAUUACAAAAAAUGCCUGUUAAUAUUUUAUUAUAUACACAAUAUCUUGUACAAGACUCUCUCAAACUUUAUUAUUAAUUUUAAAUAAAUAAAUUUCCACUUCUGUAUAAAAA